AAAUGAACAACUUCAAGUGACUCGGUUGUGUUAUGCCUGUCCAUGGGCUCCAGGAGAAUAUCCAUCAGUUAUAAAACCGACAAGUUUCCCUGAAAACACCGAGGAAUUAAUUGAAUAUUAAUUUAAGUGAACGUAAAUCAACCAGAUUACAUACGUAAUUCUCUAAAAAAUAUAAUUCCAUUCAUCGGGAUUUUUUACUGAUAUCGACGAGGAAGUCGUUGAAAUCGUUAGGUUAAGAGUUUUUUUAAAUUUUCAUUUUUUAUUCUUUUGCUAAAAUGAGUGAAAAUCAAGAAAUUAUUGGAGUUGAAAACUCUGACAAUGUCGCAGAGGCUGAGAAAUUCAAGGAGGCAGCCAAUGAUUAUUUCAAGAAUCAAUGUUACGAGAAAGCCAUAGAAUUUUACACAAAGGCUAUAGAAUCAAAUCCAAACGUAGCAACUUAUUAUGCAAAUCGUAGUUUUGCAUACUUGAGGACCGAAUGCUUUGGUUAUGCUCUCACCGAUGCAUCUAAGGCCAUUGAUUUGGAUAAAAAUUAUGUCAAAGGUUAUUACCGACGUGCUGCUGCUUACAUGUCCCUGAGUAAAUUCAAACAGGCACUCAAAGAUUUUGAAACAGUCACCAGAGCGAGACCCAAUGACAAAGAUGCUAAACUUAAGUAUACUGAGUGUAAUAAAAUAGUUAAGAAGAUUGCAUUUGAAAAAGCUAUUUCUACGGAGGAAAAUCAAAACAAUAUUGCCGGCAGUAUUGAUUUGGAAGCAAUGACAAUCGAAGACAACUACAACGGUCCCCAGCUGGAGGAUGGCAAGGUGACAGUGAAAUUUAUGCAGGAGCUCCUGGAAUGGUACAAAGACCAGAAGAAACUCCCCAGAAAAUAUGCUUACAAAAUUCUCCUUGAUGUAAAAGCCUGGUUCAUGGCUCAACCGAGCUUGAUUGAUGUGCCCAUACCGGACGACAGCAAAUUCACGAUUUGUGGGGAUAUUCAUGGACAAUUCUAUGAUCUACUCAAUAUAUUUGAACUCAAUGGUCUGCCAUCGGAGGUCAAUCCUUAUUUGUUCAAUGGUGAUUUCGUUGAUCGAGGGUCAUUCUCAGUUGAAUGCAUCUUUACACUUUUUGGAUUUAAAUUAUUGUAUCCAAAUCAUUUCUUCAUGUCUAGAGGGAAUCAUGAAUCGGAGAUGAUGAACCACAUGUACGGUUUUGAUGGAGAAGUAAAAGCUAAGUACACAGGACAGAUGGCUAAACUCUUUACGGAAGUCUAUAACUGGCUACCCCUAGCUCACUGUCUCAAUAAUCGAGUAAUGGUGAUGCACGGGGGUCUCUUCUCGCGUGACAACGUUACACUGAAGGAGAUUCGAGAAAUAGACAGAAACAGGCAGCCUCCAGAUGAAGGUGUUAUGUGUGAACUCCUCUGGUCUGAUCCCCAGCCACAACCUGGACGUGCGCCUAGUAAAAGAGGCGUUGGAGUACAAUUUGGACCUGAUGUUACUCAUAAAUUUUUAGAACUCAAUGGACUCGAUUAUGUAGUCAGGAGUCAUGAAGUCAAGAAUGAAGGAUACGAGGUCAGCCAUUAUGGCAAAUGUAUCACAGUUUUCUCAGCUCCAAAUUAUUGCGACACAAUGGGUAACCAAGGUGCCUUUAUAACCCUAACUGGUAAAGACAUGAAACCGAACUUCACGACUUAUGAAGCAGUGCCUCAUCCAAAUAUCAGGCCAAUGCAAUAUGCCACUAAUCUACUAAAAUACAUGAUCUAAAGCAGUGAUGAAAAACCCUUAGGAACUUAUUGUUAAUAAAUUAAUAACGAUUGAUGAAUAAGAUUUUUUUCGAGUAGAUUGAAAGUGUUCGUAAUAUAUUUGAUACCAACGCCGUGAAAGCGGUGAUUUGUAGUGACAAUUGUCGAGACCGAAUCACUUUCAGAAUUAAUCAUGGAUUGAAAAUUGGAGUGAAGUGAAGAGCGUAAUUGAUUCACACACUUUUUGUAUGAAAUUGAUGACCGAAUGUUCUCAGGUAUUUACUCAACUUACAUUGAUUUUGCUGAGAGCUGUAGACUCAACAGUGACUAUUGUUGGAUGAGGAAAGUUGAAAGGAAAUACAAAGAAACUGCAUUGCGCUGAGAAACAAAAUUUUUAUAAAAUACAAAUUUUGUAAUUAAUUCAAAUGGUUCAUCAACUGAAUAGUGGCAAAAGAAACUGAUGGUAUAAGACAGAAAUAUCGGUUUGAACUAAUCCAAAUAUUGGAUUGUAUGAAAUGGAUUUCUUCAUGGUAUAUUUUGUUUAUUCUAUCGAAUUUAUAAAAUAUAUGUCUUUUGCGACACAGUGGAUUUUAUACAUUUCAAUUUCGAUUUCGUUAAAACAUUACUUUUAUACUAGCAUUUUGUUUCGCGACUAUACAAGUUAAUUACGAUUUUGAGACAAUUAUAACAUAAUUUUUUUGACCUCCCAGUAUAUAGUAAAUAAAAUUUUCCGGUGAAAAAUUAGUAGAAAUUCCAAAGCUAAACUGUUUGACAGUAUCAAAUCCUGUGCGUUGAUUGGCUGAAAUCCCGUGAGAACAACGAAAAUUUGACAUUUCUUCCGCAAAUCAAUUAUUAAUUAAACGAUUGCACCACCAAUGCGUGACAUCGCUCUAUUAUGUUUUACCUAUUCACUAUUCCAGUGCUCUAACAAAGAAAAAACUCAGAACAAAUGUGAACGUAAAAACAAGAAGCGCUUUUUAGAUUGCGUUUUAAAGCCUUAUCAACACUGCAUAAUUUUUUAGUGAUGAAUAUUAACGAGACAAUAGAGUUAGCUCAUUACAAACGAAAGCGUAAUGGUCGCAAUAUCCAAAAAGAAAUAAGUUCAUUGAAAAAUUAUUUCUACUCGCGAUUCGUCAAGAACAUUAAAUUAUAAACAUAUUUCUUAUAUCUGAUGGGAUGGAGGCUUAGGAAUUAAUGGAACUCCAUUGCUAUUCGUCGCGUUAUUUGCGACAGAUUUUUAUACAAAAAUGAAAAAAAAAAAUCUCCAUUGAUGGAUUGAUGGAUUUACAUUUGAUUCGAUUUUUUGUUUUUUUUUUGUUAAUAAAUCAUGUUUAUAAUGCGAAUGAA